GGCCUCACGUUGCGCAAAUGUGUCAAGCGUCCCGGCAGAGCUGGAGCUGCAGCGACGGAAGUCACCGCAUGUUUGUAAUGUAAAUCACAACCUGCAGACGGCUUUAAUAUAGGUGACCUUCUUUCCCUGGACACUGAGGCUGAAUCGAACGUGUCGCCGAAAAGUGCUGAUAAAUUAUCAUCACCACAUGGAACUCAUGCCCCCUUCUGAAGAACUAUGAAGACCUUUACUGAUCACGAUAACUGGACCUAUUGCUACUGAUGUGUGACCAAAGUGCGGAGAUGCCUGGGGGUGACAGCGGCCCAGAUGGGGAGGAACCCGUGCAAUCACCAGCUACAGGUGAAGGUAGAGGGGAGGAGAGAGUGACGUCCGGGCAGCAGGACAGAGGGGUGCAGGGGAGAGGAGAGGAGAGCGGUGCUUCAGGUGGAGAAGUCGGGCAGGAAGAUGAAGAGAUGACCAGUGGUUCACAUGACCUCUCCUCCUCGGCCAAUCACAGCCCUGGGAGUGCCACUGGAUCCACCUCCGUUUCAAUCAAGAGCAGUGAGCAUGCAGAUGGUGGCAGAGGGCAGGCCCACAGAGAAGUGAAGGUCACCGUGGCUGAGAUGAAGAAGAGGCUUCCGUCAGACAAGCGCAGUCGCAGCAAAGCCAGCACUGUGGAGGCCUUACAUUACGCACUCAACUGUGUCAAACAAGUGCAAGCCAAUAGUGAAUACUACAAACUGCUGAUUAGAACUGGCCAGGAUGAGAGGAGAGAUGCCACCGUUUGCUCCCUGGAAGAGUUGGAAAGAGUCACGUCUGAACACACCCUUAAAAACACGGACUCGUUCGUGGUUGUCUUCUCCCUCUCGAGCGGCCGCGUGCUGUACGCGUCAGAGCAGGCUCACACCAUUCUGAGCUGCAAGAGGAAGUUCCUAGAGUCGGCCAAGUUUGUGGAGCUGCUCUUCCACCAAGAUGUUAAUGUCUUCUACGCGCACACGGCUCAGCCGCACCUGCCACCCUGGAGCAACUCGCACACAGCUGGGGUUCUGUUUGACUGUGCGCAAGUCAAGUCCUUCUUCUGCAGAAUCAGGGGCAAGAAGGACCGUGAGGGUGAGAUGCAUUACAAUCCAUUCCGGAUUACGCCGUACCUGCUGAAGGUGCAGGGAACAGGAGCAAGUGGGGAGGAGGAGGAGCCAUGCUCCCUGGCGCUGGCUGAACGCAUCAUCUCUGGAUAUGAAGCACCUCGGAUCCCCAUGGACAAGCGCAUCUUCACCACCACACACUCCCCUGGUUGUGUGUUUCUUGAAGUGGAUGACAGGGCUGUGCCGUUGCUAGGAUACCUUCCUCAGGAUCUGAUUGGCACGUCGUUGCUGACUUGUAUUCAUCCAGAAGACCGGCCCCUCUUGCUAUCUAUGCACCGGAAAGUGUUGAAGUAUGCUGGCCAGCCACCAUUUGAGCACUCUCCAGUGCGUCUUCGCUGUCAGAAUGGAGACUACAUCACCUUGGACACAAGCUGGUCCAGUUUCAUCAACCCAUGGAGCCGCAAGGUGGCCUUUAUCAUCGGACGGCAUAAAGUCAGAACGAGUCCACUGAAUGAGGAUGUAUUUGCUGCUCAGACUCAGGAGGAUUUUGCAGUCAGUCAUGAGGAAAUUAAAGACCUGCAGGCAAAGAUCUACAAGCUUUUCCUGCAGCCGGUCCACAACAAUGGUUCCAGUGGUUACGGUAGUCUGGGAAGUAACGGAUCUCAUGAGCAUUACAUCAGCGUCGCUUCUUCAAGUGACAGCAAUGGUAACCUAUGGGAGGACUCACACCGGGAACCGAUGACUUUGCAGCAGAUCUGUGCUGACGUGAACAGAGUGAAGAGUUGGGGUCAGCAGGCUUAUCUGGAUUCCAACCACAAAGUUUCUCUUUUUGGAAAACCUGCCACAGCACGUCUGCUGCCUGCAGCCUUAAACACUGAGGUCAGAGAUCAUGAAGAAAGCAGGAAGCAAACACACAUUCCUUCCUAUCAGCAAAUUAACUGUGUGGACAACAUCAUCAGAUAUUUGGAAAGCUGUACAGGUCCAGCCCUUAAGCGCAAGAGUGAGUCUCAUUCCCUGGCCACCUCAUCUUCUUCAUCCUCUACCUCAGAAGAUGACAAGCCUGCUGGAGCCGCAGAAACGGCUCAGGACAACUCAGAUGGGGUGGUUUUGGACAGUGAGGUGUCAGUGGGCCCUGCAGCUGUAGUGGGAGCACCUCUCACAGACAUCACGAUGUCUAGCAAGGCCAUGAGUGUGGUCUCGGUCACUAGUCAGUGUUCAUACAGCAGCACCAUCGUACAUGUGCCGCAGCCUGAGUCAGAGGCCACAGCACCAGAGGAUGCACCGAUGGGCAGUGAGCCUGCUGAUGUUGCUCCCACCCACAUCCGUCCAGCCCCGAGCCCUGCAGCAGAGGAGCGAAGGUUUGUAGGUCUCACUAAGCAGGUGCUGUCAGCUCAUACCCAGAAGGAGGAGCAAGAGUAUGUGGAUCGCUUCCGCCACCGCAUCCUCCAGAGCCCCUACAGCUCCUACCUGCAGCUGGACAACAGCUCGAUGGCUCACUCCCAUCAACAAGGUGAAUACCUACGUCCAUUAAGCGGCGGUGGUUGGAAACGCUCUCGGAGAGGAAAGCCUAGGUAUAAGCGCCCCAAACCCCAGGGUUCCUCAGAUAGCUAUGCCUCCCCGCCUGGCCCUCCUAGCCGUGUCCCUGACUCUUCCUGGCCUCCGUCAGAGUCCUCUCAGCCCCAGAUGGGGGUGCCUUACAGCCAAACAUCCCCACUCCAGACGCCAUUCUUCCCUAUGAUGGCGACUCAGCCUGGUCCAGAGCAGCCGCCCAGAGCACAACAGAUGCCUGGACCGACUCCUGUAUUGCUAAGGCCUCCAGACCAAACCCAGCUCAGCUACAGCUUCAACACCAUACAGUCAACUCAGAGCCUGUCAGGCAUGCAACCAAUCCAGAUGGAGUCCAUUCAGACUCUGCAGAACCUGCAGAACUUUCACACCAUGCAGCCCAUGGCCCCAGCCCAUACCAUCAACCCUUACUUGGCUCCUGUCAUGGCCGUCAUCCUUCCCAACUACCAAACCUUCACUGCAGGUUACCCAUCCAUGUUCCCUUCAUCAGGUACCUCCAUGCUGCCCCAGGCACCCAUCACCAUGAUGGGCUUUGCCCCUGACAGUGCCCCUUUCCUGCAGCCUCAGUUCGAAACCCAGCCUGGCCCCCACACUAUGACCUCUCCGGGCCCUCUGCUUUGCUCUCCCAGACCCAGCUCCUCUGUUGGGGAAGAGGAGGAGGCACCUGAAGCCCGGGCUUUAUUCUCCAGCUCUCGCUCAAGCUCUCCACUGCAGCUCAACCUUCUGCAGGAGGAGUUGCCUAAGCCAAGUGAGGGGCAGAGCAGCACCGGGCACAACCACACAGAGAGCCUCCAUGAAAAACAUGCCAACGAGACUGACACCCCCAGUGACUCUGGGAACCAUGAUGCCCAGUCUACAUCCAGUGAGAUGCUUGACCUGCUACUGCAGGAGGAUGCCAGGUCAGGGACCGGAUCCAACGCCUCAGGAUCAGGGGAGUCUGGAGGCUCGUUGCGAUCUGGAUCUGGUUCCAAUGGAACCUCCACCUCUCACACUGGCAGCAGCAACAGCAGCAAAUACUUCGCCAGCAAUGAUUCAUCAGACACGUCGCACAGAGCCCGCAAGAGCCAGGAGGUACCAGCAGAGAACCAGCACAGCUUCGACACACGUGUGGAGACCUCCCUGUGGAGCAUGAUCCAGCACACACCUGAGCAAGUCAUGAUGACGUACCAGAUCCACACCAGGGACCAGAAUGAGGUGUUGGCAGAAGACAAGGAGAAGCUUCGGGUUAUUCAGCCUCUCCAGCCCUGGUUCAGCCAGGAGCAGAGAGAAGAGCUGGCUGAAGUCCAUCCCUGGAUCCAACAGCACACUAUCCCACAAGAGAUUGAUACACAGGGUUGUGUGACCUGCAGCUCAGGAGCAGGGGUCACCCACUUCCCUCACCCACCUGCCCCAGAGAGCUCCUCCCCUCGGGACAGCCCUCAGCAGGACUUCAGUGGACCUGUGGUGGACACUUGAUAGACAUAAAUAAAAAAUAAAUAAAUAAACAACCAAUACCCUGUUUACAGUGAACCAACCCUGCCAGAGACCCUCCCAGAAAGUCCCUCCAUGCAUCUUCUUCUGACCAGUCCAGAGGAGCGCGUGCGUCCCUUUGCUUUAGAUUGAUGUUUAACUUGUUAUGUGAAGUCAUCGGAUGCUGGACCAGGCCCUGAGGAGUGGAGGAGGGGGGGGAGAGACAGCAUUCUCACUGGCAUUUUCUCUCAGUCGGCCUAACAUUGGACAAUGAAUAUUUAACCUCUCUUCUCAUUGUGUCUAUCUGUCGGGCUAGUUUAUAUCCAAGACUGAUCAACUCCUUUGGUGCCAUGAGCCACUUGAUGCCCAACUGAGGAGGAGGAGGGGGGUUGUACAGUUGCUAAACAUGAGCACUGUGUACUUGCACCCAGUCUGCUUGACCAGUGACUGGGUGACUAAGACAGCGCUGGCCCAGUUCGAGUAUAACAGCAGCAGACUCUGCUCCAGUGAGACGGAGCGCAGGUUGUACAGUAUACAUGUACCACAUCAUCUCCUUCAGUGACUUACUAACUUACCAUGGAUUACACAUGGUAGUAUUCUUUUCUUUCCCUGAUGGGCACUAAGAAAAAGGCACUGUUUAUAAUGUUCAGAUUUGAAUGUUGUAUUUUAAUUGUUAUUAUUCCAUCAGUUCUUGUUUAGAGCAUCAUUGUUUUUUAUGUUCACAAACAACAGCAAACAUCUCGAUAUUUUCGGAUUGAAUUUAGCACAACAUAAAUGCACCCCAGUUACUUCAAACAUCCUGUUGCAGGUUCUUUCCUCUACCCAGCAUCCUGCCUGGUCCUCACCCUGCAGUACCUGUAGAUGACCUCCAACUGUAAACAGACACAUCAGGGCCCCAAAUAUCCUCUGGCCCUGUGUUUACUCUCUGAAUGAAUUCCCCCUCACACUCUGCAUAGCUGUUUGUCUGACUGACUGUGUGUUUGUGUGAAACAGAGCGACAGAGGAAUCAACUAAUGCGUUGUAGUUCCUAUAGAAUGGAUCAGAGGGCAGGUGAUCUCAUGAAUGUAGGAGUCUGUGUGUGAGCAAGCUGCUUCCUUUGACACAGUUGUCCAAAAGUGCAGGACAGACCAGGGUUUCCUACUGUUUUUAGAUGGAAAAAAUAUAUAUAUAUAUAGCUGCCAUGUGUUUUAUAGAAAAUGUUUAUCACAAAACAAACUUCACGAAGUGUAUAGAAAGCCAUUUGUGUUGAUUUCAGGGACUGUCUGACACAAAGGAAUGAAUAAAUGAUCAACGAUCUAACAUGCACUCAAGUGUAAUUGUCUGAAAAGCGCAAUACACAAACUAGAAUGUCCCUCAGGAGAGCACAUACCUCCCCCAAGGCCCAACAGUCCUUAAAUCGAAUCAAGCUGCAGCAAAUUUCACACAGUCGUAGCUAUCAGUCCCCUCUAUGUGCCUGGUUUUUUUAAAUUAUGAUCCAUGAAUUGCUUUCUGUAAAAAUGUGAAAAUGUUGUAAAAAAUAAAAAAAAAGCUUUAUCUCGCACUGUUGAAAAAAGUAAAAAAAAUAUUCCUGGAUCUGCCUUCUCAUCUGGAUCCUCACCAAAAUUCAGUGGGUUCUUCGCUGACCCAUACCACAUCCUUCCACCAAGUUUUGUGAUAAUCCAAUGAGUUGUAUAUGUGUAUAUGUGUUUUACUCCCUGAAUGGACACUAACAUCCAUCUUAUCGUAAUGCGGUGGGUCUUAAACCGGGGUUGUGUAUGAGCAGACCAGGAAAAGUUGCA